GUUCUUUUGUUUUAUUUGACUGAAUCAGUACUUGUAUGUUGUGGUCAGAUUUUUUUUGUUUCAAAAACUUUAACAGAGUUAUUGGUCUUCAAAAAUGAUCACACUUCAUUGAUGUAUUCUUUUGUUUUAUUUAAGUGAAUCAGUACUCAUAUGUUGUGUUUAGAGUUUAAAGUUUCAAACAUGAUGAUCGUAGUACUCAUAUGUUGGCUUAUAGUUACGACAGUAGAGGGGAAUGUGUUAUUUGGUAAGUAAGCCAUAAAAAUUUGAGCAUGUGGCUUAUAUUUACUGCCACUUAAAAAGGAAAUUCGACUUUGCAGCAAGCUAACUAACUACAACUUUAGUUUUUGGUAAAAGUCAUGUGUUGUAAGAUUCAUAUUCAUGUUUAACUUUAUACUUUAACUUAGUGUAUGAUAUGUUUAUACUUUAUACCCAGUUCUCUUUGAAUUCUAUUAAUCUUUUAAUGUUUAGUAACUUAGAGAGUUACUGUUCUAGUAAAAAAUAAAUCAUAACAAAAAUAAUAUUGAAUAAUUGUAAAUCUCAAUUUGUUACGAAAAUGCAGUUGCAUAUGUAUCCCUCCCAAUCCCUGUUAACUGAAUUCUUUAUGAGUGCAUAUCAUUGUGUUUGACUGAGCUACUGUGUAUGAUACCAUCAAUAGUUGAUGUGAUGAAUUGGGUCUGAUGUGCAUAGUAUGAAUUGGGUAUGAUACCAUUAACAGUUGCAUAGUAUGAAUUGGGAGAAUUGAUAUGUAGAUGUGUUAAGGGUCUGAUGUGAUGAUAAUAUUUCAUCACUUAGCAGGUUUUGUUCCUAAACUUCAUAUGUCAAAGAUAAAUACAUAGAAUAUUUUUAAUAAAUCAAUAUAUUUAUGCAGCAUACAUAAGUCAAUUGAAAUAUUUGUUCAACUCAACUGCUUCUUUCAACUAAGCAUCUCUCUUUCUCCUUCUACCGGCCACUGGAAUCAACUAUAUUAUGUUUAUGGGUUGCCUAUUCCUUAGGACAAACAGAAAAAAGAAGGACAGGGAGUAGCAUCCAGAAAUAUGAAUUAGAUCCAAACCAUUCAAUCUAUAUACAAUCCAUAGUCACUCCUUCCUUUCCUAGCAGAUCUGUAGAUUGCUGCCAAUUGUGCAUAUACAUUGAGGAAGAUAAAAGACCAGUUUAAAAUACGAGAAUCACUGUCUGAUAUAUCUACAAUAGAACUGUAAAAUAACAAGUUAGAAACUACAGAAUAGUGAAAUUGAACUGUUUUAUGAAUCACUUCAUGAACCACAUCUGUUACUUUAUCGAGAGGCUAUAGUCUUAGCUUUGGCUUUGAAAUGGCAAUGUAAUGUUAACUUUUGCAAUAUUAACAAAAAAAAACUGGACAGAAAGAUGAGCCUCGAAAAGCUGCCAACAGGUGUAGUACGAAAAGCUGCUAUCUAUAUCUAUUGUUUACUUUAUUUGAAGUAAUAUGCCCCUGUAGAGUUUGCCGUUUCAAAAAACCGCAAAGUAGGAGUGUAAUGUUCGACCACCUAAAGUGGUCACCAUUUCCAAAGGGGUACACUGUUUGGCUGCAUCAUGGGGAGUCCUUGGGAGAAACUAGUAGCGUCUCAACUAGUACUAUUCCAAAUAUAGGUCAAGACACGGUGGUUGUUGAAGAUCCUAUUCAAAACAUGAUCAAUGAUGCGUUUGGAGUUGAUAGGGAUCAGACAAAUGAGGAACCCAUUGCAUCAAAUGAAGAGAUUGAUCGAGAUGAAGAUGUGAUACCAAGUGUAAGUGAAGAAAGGAAUGAAGCCAAAGAAUUCUAUGAAUUAACUAGAGAUGCAGAACAACCUUUGUAUGAAGGGUGUGCAAGAUAUUCAAGAUUGUCUUUUUUGUUAAAGUUGUAUCACAUCAAGUGUUUGUGUGGGUUGAGUGAUAAGUCGUUGACAAUGAUUUUAGAGCUAUUAAAGGAUGCAUUUGAAUUUGCAAGUAUUCCAAGUUCGUUCUAUGAAGCAAAGAAAACAAUUACAAAACUUGGUAUGAAUUAUGUGAAGAUACCUGCAUGUCCCAACGAUUGUAUGCUUUAUUGGGGUGAAGAUGAAGAGAGGGAGACCUGUAAAAUUUGUAACACUUCAAAAUGGAAAUCAGGGGAAAAGGAUUGUGUUGUCAAUAAUCGUAAAAAAGUUCCAGCAAAAGUUCUUCGUUAUUUUCCAUUAAAACCUCGAUUGAAAAGACUGUUUUUUUCAUCAAAGACUGCCGAGGAUAUGAGAUGGCAUGCAAUUGAUAAUAACAACGACGGAAUGAUGAGGCAUAAUUGAUAUACAUUUGAAUAUAUAUGAUUUUUCUUGUUUUGUGUUAACUAACAAUUUGCUUUUUUAUGUUUAUGUUGUAAGUCAAAGUUUGUUGUUGAUGAUGAUGGAGACCAUAAAAAAUAUGUUAUCUCUAGCCUUGGAAAGAAAUGGAGGGAUGGAAAGUCUCGAUUGUUUAAUAAACAUUACAAAUGGGAACUCACAUUAGAGGAGAAUCUCAAAAAUCGUCCAAGUUUUAUUCACCCAGAUCAUUGGGCUGUUUUUGUCAAUUUUAAGAGGAAGGCUGAACAAGUGGCGAUUGCACAAAAAAAUACAAGAAAUCGGGAAAAGCAAAAAACUCCUCAUACACUAGGAACUGACUCGCUUGCGAUCAGAAAAGAUGAGUUGGAAUUGAGAUAUGGUCGAGAAUAUAGCAGGGGAGAUAUGUAUGCUGUUUCGCAUAAAGAUGCCAAGGGAAAAUUUGUAAAUGAAUAUGCAAGGCAAAAAGCUGAACUAUUGCAAGUUGAAAUGCAAAACACUCAAUGUGAGAAUGAAGCAUUUUUCAAAGUGUUUGGAAAGGAACAUGCUGGAUAUGUCCGUUCUAUGGGGCUUGGGAUAACACCAUCUCGAAUCUCUAGUCGCUCUACUAGAUUAGCCUCAUCUUCCAUUGAGACUAAUGAGAAAAUGUUGAAAAUGCAAGCUGAGAUUGAUUCUCUUAAGGAGAAGGCUUCACAAGUUGAUUUCUUGAAUGCGCAAGUUGCUUUUUUAAUGCAAAUGCAAGUGCAAAAUUCUAGAGACAAAGAGCCAACAAAUUUAGAAACAAGAGAUGGUAGACAUUCAUCUGAGUCUAGCCACCGCCUUGAUGAUCACUGAAGCAACAUCACUAGGGAACUUCUAAUUUUGCUACAACUGUUUUUUUAUGGACUUAUAAUUUUGCUACAGCUGUUUUGAAUGUUCAGUCACUAGUGUUUCAUUUUUUGAAUGUUUAAACUUGGCACUGUAUAUAUUUUGUUUUAGUUAAGUUGAUGUAUGGAUCAAACUUCUUACUCUUGAAUUUAUGUAUAUUUUGCAUUUUAAGUCUUUA